AUGACCAAAACCAAAACCCCACAAGGAAUCCACAAAGUCACCGCACCCAACCCCAAAUCCGCCACACGACGAGUAGCUUGCCAGGCCUGCCACAUCCGCAAAAAGCGCUGUGUAGCGUCGCAGUCACGGCGUUGCACAUACUGCAUCCAGGAAGAACAGGCUUGUGUUCCGCGUGAACGCGCCAGGGUUGAUGAGAAGAUGGAGAUUGAAGAGAGGUUAUCUGAUUCGUCGAAUUCGUAUAAUUUGCCUCUACCUCGUGGAAUUGAUCAUGAGGUUCCACGGUGGAGUGCGGUUUAUUCUAUGUUUGCGGAGGUUUUGCACUUACUACCGCCUGAGAGUCCGUCUGAGACUGGGGAUGUGCAGAGGGGUGAUGGUGUGAAUGAAGAGGGUGGGUCGAAUUCGAAGGAAGUGGUGGAUGGACGAGGAGAUGCGGGCGAGGUGCCGAGGAAUAAGAUUCCCGCUGCGAGUGAGUGGAAUGGGAAAGCCAUUCAUGAGGGGCUCAAUUUGGAUGAUAUUGACGCGUUGUUGAGUUUUUGA